CUGAACCUGGAGAGGAAACGGCAUUCAGAGCCGCGCUCCCGCCCAGGCCGGCCCUGACGCGGGCCUUGUCAGGCGGUAACGGGGAGCCGAGGUGGGGGUCAGGGAGGCGACCACGAAAACGGUGCAGGCAGGAGCUGGGAGGAGGCUGCAGCGGCAGGAGCGGCGGCGGCGGCAGCGGCUGGGAGGAGGUGGUGACGGUGGCAACGGCAGCGUCGGGGACGAUGGCGCGACUGGUGGCAGUGUGCAGGGACGGGGAGGAGGAGUUCCCCUUCGAGAGGAGGCAGAUUCCCCUCUACAUAGACGACACCCUCACGAUGGUGAUGGAAUUUCCUGACAAUGUGUUAAAUCUCGAUGGGCAUCAAAAUAAUGGUGCACAACUAAAGCAGUUCAUUCAGCGACAUAGUAUGCUUAAGCAGCAAGAUCUAAGUAUUGCCAUGGUGGUGACAUCACGUGAAGUCUUGAGCGCACUUUCUCAGCUUGUCCCAUGUGUUGGUUGUCGUCGAAGUGUGGAGCGCCUCUUUUCCCAGCUUGUAGAGUCUGGAAAUCCUGCCCUUGAACCCCUGACAGUGGGGUCCAAGGGAGUCCUAUCUGUAACCCGAAGCUGCAUGACUGAUGCAAAGAAGCUUUAUACAUUAUUUUAUGUACAUGGGUCCAAACUAAAUGACAUGAUAGAUGCUAUUCCAAAAAGUAAAAAGAACAAGAGAUGUCAGUUGCACUCCUUAGAUACGCACAAACCAAAACCUUUGGGUGAAGGGAGCAGUAGCAGUGUCAGUUCAGAGAAGUUAAGUACAGAUAAGAGAAGUAGUGAAGACCACAGGAAGGACAGCAAGUGUAGGAUCAUUUUCCAUUAUGGACCUUUCCAGGGAACAGCCAGAGGUUGUUGGAUGGACGUAUGGGAACUAAUGUCCCAAGAAUGCAGGGAUGAAGUAGUUUUAAUUGACUCUAGUUGUCUUUUAGAAACACUAGAAACGUAUCUGCGAAAACACAGGUUUUGCACUGAUUGCAAAAAUAAAGUCCUCCGAGCAUACAAUAUCCUUAUUGGUGAACUUGAUUGCAGCAAAGAGAAGGGCUAUUGUGCUGCACUUUAUGAAGGCUUGCGGUGCUGUCCACAUGAGCGACACAUACAUGUUUGCUGUGAGACAGACUUCAUUGCACAUCUUUUGGGUCGUGCUGAGCCAGAGUUCGCAGGAGGGUAUGAGAGAAGAGAAAGGCAUGCUAAGACAAUAGAUAUAGCUCAAGAAGAAGUUCUGACCUGCUUGGGAAUUCAUCUUUAUGAAAGACUGCAUCGAAUCUGGCAAAAACUACGGGCAGAAGAGCAGACGUGGCAGAUGCUUUUCUAUCUUGGUGUUGAUGCGUUACGCAAGAGUUUUGAGAUGACUGUGGAAAAAGUGCAGGGUAUCAGUCGGUUGGAACAACUUUGUGAAGAAUUUUCAGAGGAGGAACGAGUAAGAGAACUCAAGCAAGAAAAGAAGCGCCAAAAACGGAAGAAUAGACGAAAAAAUAAAUGUGUAUGUGAUAUUCCUACUCCCUUACAAACAGCAGAUGAAAAGGAAGUAAGCCAAGAGAAGGAAACAGACUUCAUAGAAAACAGCUGCAAAGCCUGUGGCAGCACUGAAGAUGGUAAUAGUUGUGUAGAAGUAAUUGUUACCAAUGAAAAUACAUCAUGUACCUGUCCUAGCAGUGGCAAUCUUCUGGGGUCUCCUAAAAUAAAGAAAGGCUUAUCGCCACACUGUAAUGGUAGUGAUUGUGGAUAUUCAUCUAGCAUGGAAGGGAGUGAAACUGGUUCUCGGGAGGGUUCGGACGUUGCUUGCACUGAAGGCAUUUGUAAUCAUGAUGAACACGGUGAUGACUCCUGUGUUCAUCACUGUGAAGACAAAGAGGAUGAUGGCGACAGUUGUGUUGAAUGUUGGGCAAAUUCUGAAGAGAACACCACCAAAGGAAAAAAUAAAAAGAAGAAAAAGAAAAGCAAGAUGUUGAAAUGUGAUGAACAUAUCCAAAAGCUUGGAAGCUGUAUUACAGAUCCAGGUAAUCGAGAAGCCUCAGGAAAUACCGUGCACACAGUGUUUCACCGUGACAAGACCAAAGAUACACAUCCUGAAAGCUGUUGCAGCUCUGAAAAGGGUGGGCAGCCACUGCCUUGGUUUGAGCAUAGGAAAAAUGUACCACAGUUUGCAGAACCUACAGAAGCGUCGUUUGGUCCUGAUUCUGGAAAAGGUGCCAAGAGCUUAGUUGAACUCCUUGAUGAGUCUGAAUGUACUUCAGAUGAGGAAAUCUUUAUCUCACAAGAUGAAAUACAGUCAUUUAUGGCUAAUAACCAGUCUUUCUACAGCAAUAGAGAACAAUACCGACAGCACCUGAAGGAGAAAUUUAAUAAAUACUGCCGCUUAAAUGAUCACAAGAGCCCCAUUUGUAGUGGCUGGUUGACAACGGCUGGAGCAAAUUAAAUAAA